CUGCGGCGGGGCGGGCGGGUCGCGCGCCGACGGCAGACAUGGUGCAGGCCUGGUACAUGGACGACUCCGACGACGACCCGAGGCGGCCCCACCGCGCCGAGCCCGACCGUCCGGUCGACCUGGAGCAGCUGCGCCGUCUCGGGGUCCUUUACUGGAAGCUGGAUGCUGACAAGUUCGAGAGUGACCCGGAGCUGGAAAAGAUCCGCAGAGAAAGGAGCUACUCCUGGAUGGACAUCAUAACCAUCAGCAGAGACACACUGCCCAAUUACGAGGAAAAGAUUAAGACGUUCUACGAGGAGCACCUGCACCUGGACGAGGAGAUCCGCUACGUCCUGGAGGGCAGUGGCUACUUCGACGUGAGGGACGCGGAGGACAAGUGGAUCCGGAUCUUCAUGGAGAAGGGGGAUCUAAUCACGCUGCCGGCCGGCAUCUACCACCGCUUCACGCUGGACGAGCAGAACUAUGUGAAGGCCAUGCGGCUGUUCGCGGGCGAGCCCAAGUGGACUGCCUACAACCGGCCAGCCGACCACUUCGAGGCGCGGGGCCGGUACUUGGCAUUCCUGUUGCAGACGGCGUAGUGGGCCCUGCAGGCAGGGCAGAGUUGGGGUGCCUCCCUGCCGUGCCCCCUAGACCGAGUCUGGGGCGCUUCCCCGCAAGAUCCUGCGACCCCAGCACCUUCCCAUGGCGCCAGCCCCACCCCACGCGAGCCACACACGGGUGCAGACCCCUUGGGCCUGGAUGGGGCCUCUGGUGACGCCUGUCUGCACCCGUGUGAGCUGUGACCCCAGGAGGGGCUCACCAGAUGGAAGAAGUGGCACCCAAAACUGAGAGGGUGGGGGGCUCCCCCAUGGUGCUGACGUCCAGAAUAAAGCAGCCGCCUGCUAUGCCGCUGGAUCAGAGUUGCCUCUGCCCAGGGGCUGGUCAUGAACCCACUCAGGCCCCCCAGGCCUGUCCAUGGGGUGUAACGCCGGCCUUGGGGACCUCAGGGUGGGGCUCCAGGUGACCCCCGCCAUCUUUGGGUACGGUGACAGUGUUGAGCUUGAAACCCAAGGAUGCCGUAUUUGUUAUCCUGGAAAUCCCCCAAAGUCCAUGUUUUGGGCUUUUUAAGCCAUUGAAGCUGGAUAAAAACCUUGUUAAACCCCCCUCCUCCCCUCGGCUCCCACCGCGCUGAGGAAGCCCAGCCCUGGCCCUCGAGGUCAGCUCUGCAGCUCAGCGUGGACGUGUGCGCAGGCCAGGGGCCGAGGUGGUGGUCAGGGCUGGGGAGUGGGUUCUGGGGCCCACAUGCCAGUACCCUGGGCAAGCUGUCCGCUGGCUGACUGGGCUGGCUCGGCUCUGUGGCGUCUGCCUUCCACCCCGAAGGAUAUUUGAAGGAAACCCUCGAAGCGAAGGGAUCAGAUGGAUUCUUCUCGCAGAUUUGAAAACCUCCCUGGCGCCCCCCAACCCCUUGGCACCUCACCACUUUCUCAUCUUAACCUUUAAUUCACUUUUUCCAGACGCGUCCAGCCCUCGCGCAGGAGUCCUUUACAAACCCGCACCUCGCGCCGCCCGUGUCCUCCAGCAGAGCGAGCUCUGCUUUCCGCAAAGUGGGAAUCCUAAAGUGGAUUGAGGAGCGAGUGCAGGGUCCCCAGCUGCCCCGCAAAAGCAUGCAGGGCGCGGCCCCCCAGGGGGACACCAGCCCCCACGCUGAGCCUGGGCGGGAGGGGUGGCGGAGAGGGGCCGGCCUGUGCUCCCGAAUCAUUGUUGACAACCAUGUUGUUGGCGCCGCAGCCGCCGGCAAACCACGAAGGGCGAAGCAGGUGUGACCAGGAGGCAAGAGCGAGGGCCCUGCAGGCCGUGCCUACAUUCUCGGGGCCCUGGUCCACCCCGGCUCACCCCGCCCCUUGAUGUGCAAAUGCAGCGUUGGGAGGCGGUGAGCCCAGAAGCAGCAGGUGAAGGCGGGGCGCUCCUUCGGGUGGGGGCAGGCGCGAGAGGCGCACAAAGGCCUCCGUGCGGCUGUUUGGCCUCUACCACUCACGACAGCAGCGGGGCCU